CAAGUUUCAUACGCAUUCCAUUUAGAAUAUUUGACAAUUUCCUUUCCGUACAACGUUUCAGUAGCCAUUAUCGUUUUGUUCGCCGGUCUGGUCAGUACGUAUUGAUUGGACGAUAACAAAAGGAUAAAACAAAAUAAGAAACGUAUAUUAAAAAUUAGUUAUAAUGCAACAACAAUUUCCAAAUAAUGGAUAUCAAAACCAGCAAAGCAUGUAUCGAUCACGGCCUGACCGCGGUGAACAAUACGGUAAGCAGAGCAAUUAUUGGGGUGGUUCCCCGACACAACAACACACAAUUUCACCAACACAAGAUUUUGGUGGACCAAAUCCAAGAUUACAAAAAAUGAAACCACAACAUCAGCAACAUCAACAGAAUCAACAGCAUCAACAACAACAGCAAGAAUUUGGAGGACCAAAUCCAAAAUUACAGAGUUUAAAAGCUAAAAAUCCUGGAUCAACAUUAAAGAAACCAAAUUGGGAUUCAAAAUUACUUCAACCAUUCAUGAAAAAUUUUUAUGUUCCACAUGAAAAUGAUACGAAAAGAAGUAUCGAAGAAAUUGAUUCAUACAGAAAUAGUAAAGAAAUUACUGUAAAAGGGACUAAUGUACCAAAUCCCAGUCAAGAUUUUGAUGAAGGUGGUUUUCCGGAUUAUCUUAUGACAGAAAUUCGUAAACAAGGUUUUGGUGAACCAACAGCCAUUCAAGCCCAAGGUUGGCCAAUUGCUUUAAGUGGACGCGAUAUGGUAGGUAUUGCCCAAACUGGUUCAGGAAAAACUUUAGCUUAUAUUUUACCAGCAGCUGUUCAUAUCAACCAUCAACCACCAAUUGCACGAGGUCAAGGACCAAUUGUCCUUAUUCUUGCUCCAACUCGUGAAUUAGCACAACAAAUUCAACAAGUAGCCCGUGAUUUUGGAUCGACAAGUCUUAUUCGAAACACAUGUAUCUUUGGCGGUGCACCAAAAGGAUCCCAAGCUCGUGACUUAGAACGAGGCGUUGAAAUAGUAAUUGCCACACCUGGACGUUUAAUUGAUUUCCUUGAAAAAGGUACAACGAAUUUAUUGAGAUGUACAUAUCUUGUUCUUGAUGAAGCUGAUCGUAUGUUAGAUAUGGGAUUUGAACCUCAAAUUAGAAAGAUUAUCGAACAAAUUCGCCCAGACAGACAAGUUUUAAUGUGGAGUGCAACAUGGCCUAAAGAAGUACAAUCAUUAGCCGAAGACUUUUUAACCGAUUACAUUCAAAUUAAUAUUGGUUCAUUGAAUCUUUCCGCAAAUCAUAAUAUUCGACAAAUCAUUGAUGUUUGCCAAGAACACGAAAAAGAGCAAAAACUUUCAACUUUGUUACGAGAAUUUGGCGUUGAUCGUGAAAAUAAGAUAAUUAUCUUUGUUGAAACAAAGAAGAAAGUUGAUGAUAUUACCAAAACAAUCCGACGUGACGGCCAUUCAGCGAUAUGUAUUCACGGGGAUAAAUCACAACCAGAACGUGACUACGUUUUAACAGAAUUUCGUUCAGGAAAAGCAUCUGUAUUAGUUGCUACUGAUGUAGCUGCCCGUGGUUUAGAUGUCGAAGAUGUUAAAUAUGUCAUUAAUUUCGAUUAUCCUAAUUCAUCAGAAGAUUAUAUUCAUAGAAUUGGAAGAACUGGACGUUGUCAACAGGCUGGUACCGCUUACGCAUUCUUCACACAAAAUAAUCAACGGCAAGCACGUGAUUUGGUUGCAGUUUUAGAGGAAGCUGGUCAACCAAUUAAUCCGCGACUUCAAGAAUUAGCAAAUGCUGCUCGUCAACAAUUAGGGCAAAAUAAGAAUCGUAAUAAUCGUUGGAAUACAAGUAAACCAUCAAAUCGUGAUGGAAAUAGUUCACCCAGUAAUUCAUCGACGCCACCACCAAGAUUUAAUAAUUAUCAAGGACAAAAGAAAAAUUAUCAAAAUGGUAAUGAAGGUUACCAAAAUACCGGUUACAAAAAAGUAUAUCAUCGUGAUCAAAAUGGAUACAGUAAUGGGUAUCAACAAAAUGGCGGUUAUCAAAAUUCCAAUGGUUAUAAUAAUAGUGGCUAUGGACAACAGCAACAAAAUGGCUACCAACAACCUGGCUAUCGGCAAUAUAACAAUCGCAAUAAUGGCCAACGUUACAACAAUAACCGUAAUAAUGGUAAUAGUGGAUACCAUAGCUCAUCAAGCAAUGGAAUGUAUUCUCAAAUGCAACCACAACAGCAAUAUAUGAUGCAAUCUGGUCCACAAUCCGAUGCCAAUAUUCAAUCAUUAUUAAACAACAAAUUUUUCCAAACAAACCGACCACCAACAAACAAUCCAUGUGCAUAUCAAUCAAUGGGCGCACCUAGUCCUUAUGGCCAAUAUGCAACCGUACCUUAUGCUGCAUAUCAACCAUAUUCACCUCCAACGGCUGCCGUUCAACAGUAAAUUAUAUAAAAAAGGAAAGUAUAAAAAAAAUUUUUUUUACACUGUAAAAACAACUUGGGAGCCCA